CUAACCAUGAUGUCUGUGUGUCUCUGUCAGCGCUGGCUCCUCAUUGGGUGACGCCAGAGAAGAUGGAGAAGAAGCUCCACGCCGUGCCCGCCAGCAGGACGGUAAAGUUUCGCUGCCAGGCGACGGGAAACCCUGUUCCUACUCUGAGAUGGUACAAGAACGGAAAGGAGUUCAGGAAGGACCAGAGAAUCGGAGGAUUCAAGAUCAGAGACCACAUGUGGACCCUCAUUAUGGAGUCGGUGGUUCCCUCUGAUAAAGGGAACUACACCUGUGUGGUGGAGAAUGAACACGGGAGUCUCAAACACACCUACCUGCUGGACGUAGUGGAGCGAUCUCCUCACAGGCCGAUCCUUCAGGCCGGUCUGCCCGCCAACCAGACCGCAGUGGUGGGCAGUGACGUGGUGUUUGUGUGUCGAGUGUUCAGCGACCCGCAGCCUCACAUCCAGUGGCUCAAACACAUCACGGUCAACGGCAGCAGAGAGGCACCAGACGGACACCCGUACGUCCUCGUGCUCAAGGCCGUGGGUUUGAACACGACCGAUAAAGAGAUGGAGGUCUUGACUCUGAGGAACGUCUCCCUGGGCGAUACGGGAGAGUACACCUGUCUGGCAGGAAACUCCAUCGGCGUGUCGCAUCACUCGGCGUGGCUCACCGUGGUCAACGACCUGCCCCCCGCCCCGCUGCCCUCCCACACCUACCUGGAGAUCUUCAUCUACUGCCUCGGCUUCUUCAUCAUCAUCAUCCUCACUGCCCUCGGAGUCAUCUGCAGACUCUGCUGCGCCCCGAAGAAGAGCGACUUCAGCAGCCAGUUAGCCGUGCAGAAGCUCGCCAAGAGCAUCCCUCUGAGGAGACAGGUGUCGGUGGACUCCUCGUCCUCGCUGCAUUCUGGGAUGUGUUUGAUGCGUCAGUCUCGUCUCUCCAGCGGCGCCACCACCGUCCUGAGCGGAGUGUCGGAGUACGAGCUUCCCCACGAUCCUGCGUGGGAGCUUCCUCGAGACAGGUUGACCUUGGGGAAGCCUCUCGGCGAGGGAUGUUUUGGUCAGGUCGUUCUGGCCGAGGCUGUUGGGGUGGAUAAAAACAAACCGACUCGCCUGACCAAAGUGGCGGUGAAGAUGCUGAAAGCUGACGCCACAGAGAAAGAUCUGUCUGACCUGAUCUCUGAGAUGGAAAUGAUGAAGAUGAUCGGAAAACACAAAAACAUCAUCAACCUGCUCGGAGCGUGCACGCAGGACGGUCCUCUGUACGUGGUGGUGGAGUACGCGUCUCAGGGGAACCUUAGGGAGUUCCUGCGGACUCGUCGCCCUGCAGGUCUGGAGUAUUGGAGCGGGUCGAGGCAGGAGGCUCUGGACAGUGUGGAGGUCAGAGAGCUGGUGUCUGCAGCGUACCAGGUGUCCAGAGGGAUGGCCUACCUGGCCUCAAAGAAGUGUAUCCACAGAGACCUCGCCGCCCGGAACGUGUUGGUGACCGAGGAAAACGUGAUGAAGAUCGCCGACUUCGGCCUCGCUCGAGACAUCCACCACAUCGACUACUACAAGAAGACCACCAACGGUCGUCUGCCCGUCAAGUGGAUGGCUCCUGAAGCUCUGUUUGACCGAGUCUACACGCACCAGAGCGACGUGUGGUCUUUUGGGGUCCUGUUGUGGGAGAUCUUCACCCUGGGGGGGUCUCCGUACCCCGGCGUCCCCGUGGAGGAGCUCUUCAAGCUGCUGAAGGAGGGACACCGCAUGGAGAAGCCGUCUGCAUGCACACAGGAGAUGUAUCUGAUGAUGAGAGACUGCUGGCACGCCGUCCCGUCCCGCAGGCCCACCUUCCUGCAGCUGGUGGAAGAUUUAGACCGGACGCUUUCUCUCAUGGCCAACCAGGAGUACCUGGAUCUGUCCCUCCCUCUGGUCCAGUACUCUCAGGUGGACUCCUCGUCCUCCGAUCAUUCCUCAAACUCCACAUAGACGUCCCGGGACGACCACUUCUUCUUUGUUUUUUUCUUUCUCUCUCCUGGAUCACCUUGGAUCCUGAAUCUGGGUGGGAGGCCCGGGCGAGCUGCUUCUCUGUCAGCGGCGGCCUGAUGUGAAGAACAGCUGGACUGAGCUGGAUCCUCAGCGAUGCCUCACACACACACACACACACAGACACACACACACACACACACACACACACACACACACACACACACACACACACACACACACACACACACACACACACAGACACACACA